AUGACUAUUGAUAUACCAGGUACAAUUGCAACGACGCUUACACUAACUCCCCUACAGGAGAAGGCUAUUUUUGGCGUCGACAUACUAAAGAAUAUUAACGAUGAAGCGUUGAUCUCAGAUUCCACCAUGAGAAUCUGGAAGAAGCUACAGGAGGGUGACGAAGGCCUGAUAUCUGGAUGGAUAUCAAGCAAGGUGGUGACCAAUGAGUUUGAGUAUGCUAUUUUACUAAGUGUACUUUCUUUAUAUCAGGUACGUAACUCCUCCGAAGUUGCUGAUAGCUUUGAUGCAACCAACCAGAUCGUUUUGAAUAGAAUAGUGGAGAAUGGAAGGAAUGCAUUACCUAGCUUCAGUAAUUUAAUUAGUUGGGACAAGUUGGAUGACAUUAUCAGGGUUUUGAUUCAAACUACUUUCAAAGACACGAACUCGUUUGAAUCUUUCAGGGAUAGAUUUAACGUAUUGGUUAAGUCUGCCAAAAGUAAUUUUGGAACUAUUAUAAUGUACCUUAUCGGGUUCAAUAAGUUCAAAGAGAGCAAGGCUGAACUUAAAAAUAUUUCAGAAAGCUUCAAGUCAGUCAUAGAUACUUACUAUGCCCAGUUCAAGUUUCCUGAUGCUACAAGAUCUAACGCCUCUGAGGUGAACCAACUUAUGGAUUUAGUGAUCUACAUUGCUUCGGAUCGAUCAUUAAGUGCUUACUUGAAUAUCCACUCAUCUAUCAACAAAUAUAUUCACGUAACUUACCAUAAUGUUAAAGUGAUGAAAUUGUGGUGUUUAGAGGCAUUAAUCAAUGGUUCCAACCUCGAGGCUAAAUCUACAUUCAGAACGUACAUUAACUAUAUCAAAGAUUAUAAGGCCAAACAUAAUGGCGGGCUUUAUGAUAUUAUGGAUGUUAUUCACACUUUUCUUUUUACACUAGAAAAAAUCAGUGAAAAUCUUAGAGACCACGAGGAAUACAGGGAGUUGAAUAGUUGGGCCAAAGAGGCGAGACAUAUUAUCGAUGCGUUGUUUACCAUCAUUGGGACUGACAAAACAACUUAUCACAGAAGCUUACGUAAGAAGCUUGCUGAAAUUUACUACAUCUGUGCAGUAAUCAAGGAGAAUUCACUGAAAUUAGAAUCCGAACCAGCUUCAAAAAUUGGGAUCAUUUCUGAGUAUUUGACUAGAUCUGUAUCUUAUCUUUCUAAUGAUUUGAAGCUAUUGCCCAUAUAUGUUGCUUCAAUAUAUUACAAACAUUCCUAUUAUUUACACAAGCUGGGACUUCAUAAAAAAGCCAUUAAAUAUUGCAAAGAAUCAAUGAGACAUCACCCGGAUAAAAUCAAAUAUAUCAACUAUUACGUUAAACUCCUAACAGGUGACGAAGAUAACUUGGAGAAAGCGCUGCUCAUAUCACAACAAGUUAUUGAGAACCUUCACGCAGUGGCUGAUUCGAAACGAUCAAUGUCAUGGAAGAAUGAUGCUUUGGAGUCAUACCUAAUUUUCUUGACAUUAUUAGGUGAUUCAGCAAUUGAGGUGUUAGGUCCGUUUUUCGGAUUUAUAAACAAAAUAUUUGAGAAUCAAGAGUUUAGGGAACCUAAAGGUACAAGCAAGAAUAGCGGUGAAGAGAAAGUGCUUAAAAAUACAACACCAGCCUAUUCUGUUGUCAAUGGAAACAGCGAGGAUAUGGAUGGGUGCACAUCUUGUGCCCUUAGCGUAGACUCAAUGAAUAAAGGAAGUACAUUUAAAUCAGUUUUAAAAAUAGGAAGUGGUAAGGGAAAUAAAAAGGAUCUUUCCGUGAAGGCUAUCAGACGAUCAUUACAUGUGCAUCGGAAGAACUCAUUAUCUACUUCCUCAUGUUCUCCUGGGAGUCAACACCACCCUGAAAGAGGCAAGACCAAAAAUGCCAUGCACAAGGAGGAGGAAAUUCUAUUAUGUCACAUGUGGCUGGUCUUGUCUCGACUCUUCCAAGCAAACGGAUACGAGGUGGAAGCUUUACAAUGUGUUGAGGAGGCUGAAGAUCUUGCCAACACGCCAAUCAUGGAAAUAGGUGUUUACGCACGUAAGGGGUGCGUUCUAGCGACUAGGGAAACACAAGAGGAAGUUAAUCAGGGCUGUAAAUAUUUGGAGAAGUCGUUUACAAUGUUGGAGGAAGUCAGCAUAGAGAAUAGUCUCCAUAUGCUUAAUAACGAACCUAGAUACACAGAAUGGUCUUGCAUACUCGAGAGCAUAGUCGGUGUGGCGCAGGUUGCACGUGACCUGGAGCGAGCAGGAGAUAGAAAUGCUACGAUCGACGUAGGUGUAGACAGAGAGAGUUCCCGUGCGAGAGCUGCACAUGCGCAAAAGAUGGCUCGUUGGUGUCUUCAACAAGUGGCACAGCACGACAACGCGACAUUGCGUCUGCUGUUCUGCGACAACGACAAUGUUGUGGCAGCGCAAGAUACGGUGCACGGAUGGCACGGUUUUGGUAUUUAUUGUAUGUAG